AUGAGAUGUUAUGGCUACGAUUGUGGUGCGGUUCUGACGCGCCGAUGCGAGAGGUUGGGCGACCCAUGGCAUGAUACGCCCAGCGUAGCUUAUUACAGGGGAAGCCUAGCCAACCGGAGGAGCCUCUGCGCAGGAAGCUUUUCUUUGCAGGACAACCUCAAAUUACUCUUUAGGUAG